AUGGCUGGUCUUACAUCAACAUCAGUAUUAUCAUUGUUUCUUAUAUGUUGUAUGAUUAUUAGUGCAAAUGCAGCAAAUAAUACAACACAAUUUGAUAAUUUUACAAUUGAAUGGGAUGAUUUCAGUUUAUUUACAUGCGCUUUACCAUCAACAUUAAAAACAUCCAUUUUCACUUGCGGUGCAGGAGCACAGAACUAUUCAAUGAAUGAUAUCGAUUGUCUUCAACAAACAACAGUUGAUUUUGAUCAAGGUCAAUGUCAAAUAACUACUACGCAAGUUAUGUAUACAACCAGUGCUGCAACAACAACAGCACAAAUGACAACAGUUGCAAGUACUACUGCAAACGUACAAACUUCAACAAGUACAGUACCUGCUACGACACAGUCAGCAUCAACGACAACACCAACACAAAAUCAAACCACAAAUUCUACUGGAACGAGCUAUACAUCAAUGACAGUCACUAAUGCCACAGCAACUACUGCUAGCAGCAGUAAUACUUCGGCUGCUACUCAGAUAACAGCUACUGCAGCGAGUAGCAAUACUUCAGCCGCUAAUCAGACAACAACAGCUACGGCAACGAUUAGCAAUACUUCGGCUGCUAUUCAAGCAACAACGGCUGCUGCAGCGAGUAGCAAUAUUUCGGCUGCUAUUCAAGCAACAACAGCUACUGCAGCGAGUAGCAAUACUUCGGCUGCUAUUCAGACAACAGUGAAUUUAUCAACAGCAACAGCAGCUACGGCUAGUUCAAGUAGUAUGGCAUCUGUCAUUAAUUCUACUAUGAUGGCAGCAACUGCUGGCCCUGGUAGUAACACUACAAUCACAACAGCACUCUCAACAACAACUCCACAAAAUACAUACGCUUGUCCCGAUCCUACUUAUAUAGGUGCAUAUUGUAAUGUAUCAUCUGAUGCAUGUGCUAUGUCACAACCAUGUCAAAAUGCAGCAACUUGUUUUCCUAAUAAUACAUUACCACUUGAAUAUUUUUGUAAAUGUGCACCCGAUUAUACAGGUUACAAUUGCGAAAUUGAUGAAAAUGCAUGUCAAGAAGGAACAUGUUGGAAUGAUGGAACUUGUCUACAAGGAAGUGGAACAUCAUCUUCGACUAAUGGAUCAACAUUUACAUGUGAAUGUAGUGAAGGUUAUGACGGUGUUCAUUGUGAACUUAAAGUUAAUUUAUGUGGUAAUAUAACAUGUCAAAAUAAGGGUAUGUGUGAAACAUAUGAUAUGCAUUGGAAAUGUGUAUGUCUUGAUCCUACACUUUAUUAUGGUGAUUAUUGUCAAUUUAAAACAAGCAAAUUAGAAGUUAAAGAAAUUUUAAGUAAAUCAUUUGCGUCUAUUGCAAUUGCAUCUCUUAUUGUAACAUGUGGAUUUAUUCUUGUUAUGGAUAUACUUAAAUAUUUUUUCCAUAUUGAUCCUGUUGAACAUGAACGAGAAACUUAUCGAAAACGACGUGAUCAACGAAGACGUGCACGAAAACCACCUAAAGAUGGUGACAUGAAACUUGCAUUAAGAUUUCAAUAUAUAGCAUAA